AUGUGGUUUAAAGAAGGAAGUACGUCACCGAUAUACAGUUUCGAUUCGAGAGGGAAACCGUUAAAAGAUGGAAAACAUUGGGCAAACGAAGACGUUUUAUCGGGUCGAGCUUUUUUCAGAGCAAACGACGAACCAGCUCGUUUAAUGAUAGAAAGCGUUAAAGAACAAGAUGGCGGAAUAUAUACAUGCAGAGUAGAUUUUAAAAAAUCUCCAACUAAAAAUACUAAAGUCAACCUAACCGUUAUCAUUCCACCGGAAAGGAUAAGCGUCAUAGACGAAAAAGGACAUCACAUUCCACAUUAUAAAAUGGGACCUUAUAACGAAGGUUCUAAAAUUGAAAUCACUUGCGUAGCAACGGGUGGUAGGCCUACACCGAGAGUUUCAUGGUGGAUGGAAAAUGCAUUGAUCGAUGAUCAAUACGAACAAGUUUCACCAAGAACCGUUAAAAAUAUAUUAAGAUUGGAAAAUAUCGGAAGGCAAUAUUUAAACGUCGUAUUUACAUGUCAGGCUACUAACAACAACAUUGUUGCUCCCAUAUCAAGUGCUAUUACAAUAGACAUAAACCUUAAACCAUUAUCGGUUAAGUUAUUGGGAGAAAACCGUCCACUUUCUGCUGAAGCCGUUUAUAAAAUUCAAUGCGAAACAAUUGGAGCUAAACCGGAACCGAAAGUAACAUGGUGGAAAGGAAGUUUGCAAUUAAGAAAUUCCGAAGAAAAGACGAGUGCAAAUGGAAAUUCAACAAUUAGCACAUUAACAUUCAUACCGAAAUUAGACGAUUCUGGAAAAAUAUUAACGUGUCGGUCUGGAACGCCUUUAUUACCAAAUAGUUCGUUAGAAGAUUCUUGGAAAUUAAAUAUAUACCGUAACAGCGCCAUUAGAGAAGGUGUCGACGUGUAUUUCGAAUGUAACAUAAAAUCAAAUCCGUGGGUGUAUCGAGUGAGUUGGCGACACAACGGUGUCACGCUUUUUAACAAUGCUUCUGCCGGAACAAUUAUAAGUAAUCAAAGUUUGGUUCUUCAAAGUAUAACGAGAGCUCGUGCGGGUUUAUAUACCUGCGUAGGUUCGAAUCAAGAAGGUGAUGGCGAAAGCAAUCCGGUUAAUUUAGAUGUUAAAUUCCGUCCGGUGUGUAGGCCGGGUCAGCAAAAAGUUUUAGGAGUUGCACGAUACGAAUUUGCAAGAGUUUUAUGCGAAGUGGAAGCAAAUCCUCCAAACGUAACAUUUUACUGGAGAUUUAAUAACACGUCGGAAACAAUAGACAUACCACAAUCACACGUCGUACACGAUAAGUUAAGAAGUGUUGCGAGUUAUGCACCAAUGACUGAACUUGAUUAUGGUUCUCUUUUAUGUUGGGCUAAAAAUUCAAGAGGAAUGCAAGUCGAACCUUGCGUUUUUCACGUUGUACCUGCAGGAAAACCGGAUCCUUUGAGCAAUUGCAGCAUAGCCAAUCAAACGAUGGAUAUUUUUUUAGUUGAAUGUACCGAAGGUUUCGAUGGCGGCCUACCACAAGAAUUCGUUAUGGAAGUUUUCGAUUCUCAAACUCAAACUCUUGUCGUUAAUGUCACGUCUAAAUUUCCCGUUUUCGACGUACACAGUUUGGAAUCCAACGUCGGAUUUGAUAUAAGUUUAUAUGCGGUCAAUGCUAAAGGUCACAGCGACAUAACUUAUUUGAAAGUUUUAACUUUGAAAGAUGCCGAAAAACGCACAGCCGGAGAAGGAAGUCCGAUAUUCAAUUUCAAAUUAACUCCUCUCAUAAUAAUAUCAUGCGGCGCAGGAAUAAUUUCGAUAUUAAUAUUAUUAAUAUCGUUAUUGAUAAUUAAAAUUCGUAAAAAAUCAACGAAUAAAAAAACGUGCGAAGUUUCAGAGGAAAAUGAAAAAUACCCGUCCUGCGAUGAUGAUAAUAAUCCUGACGUCAUACCCCAAAGUAGCGAAUCGGAAUAUUUAGAUCCCGAUGAAAAAGCUUUCGAAAGGCUCAAUAAUGCCCCCCCAAGAAUUUUAGCUUCGGUUCCAAGAAGUUUACAAAGUGCUGCUCAUUCAGCCGGUUAUUCAGUGCCAGAAUUAUGUAAAACGAGAGACGACGUGGUUUAUGCAGAAAUGUCGCUGCCACGUUCGAAUUUGCAUCCAAUAGUUGGAAAUCAAAGGAUAUCCGCGAAACCGAUUGAAUAUGCGGAUAUUCAAGUAAAUAAAAGUUUAUCCAUUUAUCCGACGACAAUGGAAGAUGCAACUUCAAAUCAUUCUGAUAGCACGAUGAGUGCUUGUCGUCCACUUUUAGAAACAGGUACGAUACCUAGAUUAACGGCGACUCGUUUCUGA